GUGACACCUCCUGCUCUUAAAGCACUGCUAGGUAAGUGCGCAUGCGUAGGUAACUUUGAUGGCGGCAGAGGAGACACGCUGCUGCAGAAGUGUCACGGCGGUGUAGAUGUCUUCCAGGCUGCAGAACAUGAAAUGGAAAGUAGAAUGAGAACGGACGGAGACAAGGCAGAACCUUCUGGUUACCAACGGGUCGUGUUGAAGAACGCUGCGCCGCAUCAGUACCUGAAGGUCCGCCUGGAGCUGGAGGACGAGUCCACCAGGCUGAGCGCCGUGGAGCUGAAGACCUUCAUCAUCGCCUGCCUGAAGGGUCUGCAUGGAGAGGUUGGAGCUGCGUUGAACGUCGACGUGUUGAAGUACGAUGAGGAGACGCUGAGCGCUCUGCUGCGCGUUCCCAGCCGAGGUUUGGUGAAGCUGUGGAGCUCCCUGACCCUGCAGGGAUCCUACAAGAACCAGACCUGCGCCUUCAGGGUUCUGCAGGUGUCUCCGUUCCUCCUGGCGCUGACUGGAAACAGUCGGGAUCUGCGGCUGGACUGAAGCACGAUGAGUUUUUCUUGGAGCGCGUUCGCCAACAGGCUCCGCCCCUCCUCCCUGGCGGCUC